GGAUAUCCAGAAAACGGUGCAAAUCUGAAUCCCUCUUAUCUAUAGUAUAUUUACUAUACUCUUUGCUCUUAUCAAUAAAUUGGUUCCUUGAACAUAUUCGUAUGAUAAACCGAUGACUGGUUUAAUUCAGAUCAUCAAAAAGCAAAUUAUUUUAUCAACGAAUCUAAAUAUGCCAAUGACAAUUUUAUUAAAUGUGUUUAAUGUUUUUUAGUUAUUUAUUAAAUAUUUUUUGGUUUCCAUAGUUACGAUAAAUUUUAAUCGGUUGUGUUAAAUUGAAAGCAGAUAAAUAGUAACUGGGAGACAAAUAAAGAAUAUUUAAGGAUGCCCUUUGAUAGUCAGAAGACUAAUAAUGGUUUUAUAAAGCAUCCUUGGCAAACAACAAUCAAAGAUCAGUUUGUUUCUUUCAUCAAAUAUGGACAUAACUCAGUAUACAAUCCACACAAUAAAAUGAAAGUGAAGCGAGAUGCUGCACCAACAAAGUUUACAAUAAUCGGAAACAGGAUUGCGAAAGAGUUUAUUUACUGUGUAAAAUUAGUAAGUGGACUUUACAAGUACAGAAGAAAUGAUUUCGAAGCUCCUGUAAUACGAGGUGUAAGUAGUGUGGAAUGGCCUCAAGUUUGGAAUGAUUUAAAACUACAAUACGGUGGCCUGGCUUAUUGCAUAACGAGCGAUGUUGCAGUUAUUGUAAACAAAACAUUCCUUGGGGGCGAAAAAGAGUUAAAAGAAUUGAUCGAAUCAAAAUACAGCUAUCAUAUAUGCCCUGAUUACUACAAAGAAGCAAUCGGAGAAUUUACUAAAUAUGUUGACAAUACUGGAAGGCCUUUCGUUUACAUGCAUUUUUACAUCGAGGGCGAUGACGACAUCUCUGGCACUAUGAUUUUUAUGUUGUAUUCAGAUAUUGUACCAAAAACGUGCGAGAAUUUCAUGCGCCUGUGUAAAACAAAGAAAGGAGGUUAUGCCGGUACACCUGUUCAUCGGAUAAUAAAGGACGGUUGGAUACAGUGUGGUGGAUUCAAUUUGAAAUCUACCCACUUAGACUGCGAAAAUUUUAUAAUACCUCAUGAUAGACGCGGUGUGCUAUGUAUGGCUAAUGAUGGCAGGCAUAAAGAGUGUUCAACUCAAUUCUUCGUUUUAUUACAACCUGCACCUUGGAUGGAUCAGAGAUAUGUCGCGUUCGGACAACUUGUUGACGGUGAAAAGACAUUACAAAGGAUUGAAAAUGUGCCCACUUGGUAUGAGAGUCCGACCAUAAAGAUUACUAUUUCCCAUGCCGGCCUCCUUAACCUGCAUUGUCAAGAGUUGGUUGUUUGUAAAGGGAUUUAUGAAUAUAUCCAAAACCAUAUUGAAGAUAAUUAUGAAAUCGCUGAUUAUCUACGCGAAUUUAUAAUAAACACGCUGUAUGUUGAACUUGAUGACAUAGCUCUCGCUCGACAAAUGGAAGAACAGGAAGGAGAAACUGAGGAUCGUACGAAUGUUCGAGAAACGAAAAGAUUUAUACGUAAGAAAGAAGACAUAGAGAAACAGCUAAAGAAAGGACAAUCAGCUAAAGAUGACACUGAAUCAGUUAGCGAUGAAUUAGAGGAUUUCUUUGUAGAGGGCUACGAAUCGACAAAUCCCUACAAUACGGAGGUGGGGGAGGAGGAAUCAGGAAAGCCAAGCUCAUCGUUUGAAAGGCCAAAGCAACUAUUUUACUUUCCUUUAGCAGAUGUACCUUAUCCUGAAGAAAUUAGUUCUACACACGAUUUAAAGAAGUUUAUUAAAGGCCAUUAUUGUCUUGAAUCGGACCUUUUAAAAGAAACGCCAAAGAAGGCGGCUAAGCAGCAUGUUGUGUCGUAUGCUUCAGAAAUUUUUCAAUUCGUCCCGACUAGUGAAUCGGAAGACAUGUCAAUGAGCUCGCUGGAGUCCGACGAUGAAAAGGAAAUCCGUAGAUAUAUCAAAUUAAAUGUUGACCGCGUGAGUUUCGCCGGCGAUGUUGUUAGGGCUAUCGCAAGAGGUGGCGGGAAAUUAAACCUAUUCGAAGGAGCCAGAAAAUCUGAAAUUGUCGCUGAGGACAAUGUUAGAAGAUUCAGAGAAAGUUCGAUAGAACGUCGGUUGAAAGAAGGUCGAGCAAAAGCAGCAAUGGAUCAUCGACCAUCGGAAAAUCAGGAAAAAAAAGUGUCUAUAAUUGUGCCUGACUUACCUCACGCUCAAAUGAAGAUUAAAAGGCGUCCUACAGGCUACCCCAGAGGGGAGCUCAUCGAUAAAACAAUUUUAAGCAAAGAUAGUGUAAUAAUACCAGAGGAGGAGGAGGAGUCAGUUGUGUCUAGCUUAACAGGUCAACCGUUGGACUUCAGAAAGGUACGUAUAGCUCCGACGGUGGUGUCCUCUGUAAAAUCGACGAGUCGCCAGCAGCCAGUCACCACUGCGCAAACCGCGGACUCCGACUCCGAAGUGCGACGCCGCUCCGUGCUCACGCGACUCAUGAAUGACGUCACCACUAUGGAUCAGAUCGGACCUACUCUUAAAGAUUAUAGACCGAUGGCCGAAACGAAACAAGGGAACAUAUUAUUGACGUUAUCGAACAAUUUCGAUGACAAGGACGAAGACGAAAGGGGAAGAUACAUUCACCCAACAUAUAAAAUCGAAACGGCAUCUUUCGACCGAGUAAUGAAUAUACAGCACGGUAAGAAAAUGGUGCGAAAAGUCUCCUCAGAUUAUGUGAAGACUUUGGGCCAAAUUGAACAGACUGUGGAGAAUUCCAUUCGAAGCAUCGAGUUUGCUAAAAAGAGACCUUCUUUAUCUGUGGCGCAGUAUCAGAAGAAAAAUCAAUUGAUGCGACAAAGUUUGAAGGAAAUUAAGGUUGGUAUAAUUUUUUGACAUUUUUUCAUUAAGAAAGUUUUAAUGCGACAUAGAUAAGUAAACGCACAUCCAUGAAUCCGUCUCGGAUUUAUAUUUGUUAGCUUCGCAUGAGACAUGUCUUGCCAGUCGAAAAAAACAUCAACUGUAAUAUGUAAAUAAAGUUACUGGCCGCGUUAAAUUUUA